AUGCCCCCGUGUCACAGUAAGGAAGUUUCGCAGCUGAAUCAAGGUCGCAUUUUGGCUCUACAUGAUGAAGGAAAAACGUAUAGAUAUAUUGAAGAAUGUACUGGUGUUCCAAAAUCUACAGCUUGUGAUAUUGUGGCAAAUUACAAGAAAUACGGGUCUGCUACCCCUCGGCCCCGGCCUGGUCGCCCACCUGCCCUAUCCCCUCAAACUCGGCGGUCUAUUGCACGUUAUCUGAAACUCUACCCAGAGAAACCAUAUUAUGCAAUUGCCGAGCUCGACGGGACUGUUACCGAGCGUCAAGUUCAGUAUACUGCAAAUCAAAUGGGCCUCCAGCGCUAUGUUGCUCGCCAGCAGCCGUACCUCUCACAGAAAAUGAUUGAUGCUCGACUUGAUUGGGCCAAGAAUAACACAAAUCAAAAUUGGGAUUGGGUAGCUUGGGCCGACGAGUCCACAAUUGACACAGGAGAGCAGCCAGUGCGACCAAAAGUUACCCGGAAGCAAGGAGAAGCAUAUCUACCCAAGAACAUGGUCCCAAGCUUCCAAACUGGUCGCCAAAGUGUCCCUAUGUGGGGCUGCAUUGCUCACGGCAAGAAGGGCCCAUUGAUUUGGCUCAAACUAUCGCCUCGCAUUGCUGGAAAGAAGGGCCGCUCAAGAGGCGGGGGGCUCACCUCAGCAGGGUAUGCUGAACAAGUACUCAAAGGUCCACUCAAGGAGUUUUUGGAUGAAUUAGAGGCUGAGCGGGGUCACAAGAUCCUCAUCGUCGAGGAUGGAGCACCGUUGCAUAAGGGUCCACAAGCACGGGAGGCCCGGGCAGCACUGGGUAUAGAACAGCUAGCCCAUCCAUUGGGCUCUCCCGAUCUCAAUGCCAUCGAGCCCAUAUGGCGUCUCCUCAAAUCACGCGUUUUCAAGGUGCCUGGAGCUUGGAGAAAUGCUGACAAGCUUUGGAAAGUGGCCAAGCGGGUUUGGGAUGAACUUACAGUGGAGGAUAUCAACAAACACACGGGGCAGAUGGAUGCCCAGGUUCAAGCUAUCAAAGAAGCUGAAGGGGGGCCUACUGAGUUCUAG